GUUAGACUGCGUGAGGAGGGAGGGAGAGAAGAGCGCGGGGAGCCGGGCCGCGCCCUCUGAGCCGGCUCGAAGCUGAUGGACAUCGUAUGGGCCAGAGGCAGGGAUGGUGGGCUAUGACCCCAGGGCAGACGGCAGGAAUAUCUCCAAUCUCGAAGUGGCCGUGGCUGGGUCUGUGUCUGGACUGGUCACUCGGGUGCUGAUCAGCCCCCUGGACGUCAUCAAGAUCCGUUUCCAGCUUCAGAUCGAGCGCCUGUCUCGCACUGACCCCAAUGCAAAAUACCACGGGAUCCUGCAGGCUGGGAGACAGAUUUUGCAAGAGGAGGGCCCAACAGCAUUCUGGAAAGGACACAUCCCUGCCCAGCUUCUCUCCAUAGGCUAUGGAGCUGUCCAAUUUUUGUCAUUUGAAGUGCUCACCGAGCUGGUGCACAGGGCCAGCGUGCGUGACGCCCGCGACUUCUCCGUGCAUUUUGUGUGCGGUGGCCUGUCAGCCUGCGUGGCCACCCUCGCUGUGCAUCCUGUGGACGUGUUGCGUACCCGCUUUGCAGCUCAGGGUGAGCCCAAGGUCUAUAAAACCCUGCGACACGCCGUGGUGACCAUGUACAGGACCGAAGGCCCCUUGGUCUUCUACAAAGGCUUGAACCCCACCUUGAUCGCCAUAUUCCCUUAUGCCGGGUUCCAGUUCUCCGUCUACAGCUCCUUGAAGCACGCGUAUGAGUGGGCCAUGCCAGCCGAAGGAAAGAAGAACGGGAACUUCAAAAAUCUGCUUUGUGGCAGCGGAGCUGGAGUCAUUAGCAAGACCCUCACGUACCCCCUGGACCUCUUCAAGAAGCGGCUGCAGGUCGGAGGGUUUGAGCAGGCCCGAGCCUCUUUUGGCCAGGUUCGAAGCUACAAGGGCCUCCUGGAUUGCGCCAGGCAGGUGCUGCGAGAGGAGGGCACGCAGGGCUGCUUCAAAGGCCUUUCCCCCAGCCUGCUGAAGGCUGCCGUCUCCACCGGCUUUGUGUUCUUCUGGUACGAGCUCUUCUGUAACCUCUUCCACCACAUGAAGAAGGCAGACAGCUAGCCUCGAGGGCAGGAAGGGUGGCCUGAGGUCUUUCCCUGGAGGCGCCCUCCUGAAAGAAGACUUGAUCUACAGUCCUGUGUUGCACUGAGAGGUGCUGCCUGGUCCCUCCCUCCAGGCCAGCUGUCCAGGGCACGAAGAGCUGCCAAGAGCAGGGCAGCAGCCUGGAUUCCACCAGAAGGGCAAAGGGGGUUCUCCAUGGGAGAGCACGGGGAGAAUGCGGGACUUGAUCUGCGGGUUCCCAGCCCAGCCAGUCAGAAGGAGUUGAAUGUUUCUCUGUCUGGUGCACACUCAGGGCAACAGCUGCCCUCCUGUACGUCUUAGUCCCAACUGCCCAGAGAGCUCUCCUGACUCUGGGCAGGGCCGCAGCUUGAAUGUGAGGCUGGGAUCGGGCCCUUUACAGGGGUCUGGUCCCCACACUUGGGUUCUUACUCCCACCAAUUAUUUAAUAGACAUUAAAGCUAAAAGCACAUUCCUUAUCUUAGUCCUCCAUCUUCCCUUCCAGAUCACUUCCCUCCUCCCAAAGUAUGAGGGACGGGAUUCCUACCUGUCCUAAAUUCUACUUUUCUCAGCAGUUGCAUCCUUCGGGCAGCUUUGCUUCUAGUUCUGGGGGAAUAAUUCCGGGGGAAUAAUUCCAGCUGAAUCAGUUCCGUUAUAAACUCCACCCUGCUCAGAUCUUCGUGUCUAUAAAGGCACCAGUUGGGCUGUUCUCUCCCUGGAUAGGCUGGUCACAGCCCGUAGGCCUCUAGGGAAAGCAGACCCCAGCGACCCCGCAGGUAGAGGCGGGGAUGUGCUGAUGGGGAGGGGGCAUGGGUUAAGGCAGCAGCCCUUUUCCCCAGUCUACCAGGGAUCACUCCUCUUUCACUGGGGCUGGGUUAGCCCUCCUGGGUGGUGGGGGAGCUGACAGCUGGGCCAGUGAGCAUCAGCUGCCGGCUCGGUGCUCCUCCUGGGUCCAGCAGGGUGCUGUGUGCACCCUCGAAUCUAAGGAGGGGGUGGAGCAGGCAGCCUGGUGCAGGCAGUUGGUGCCAUGGGAGUCGUCAGGGCACAGGAACCCACAAGACACCCAUCUAGGCACAGUUAGGGGCUUAAAAGAGAAGAAAAUCUACGGAACACAACCACCACUUUCCACCCCAAGACUCCCCACCACCAGGGUGGGUGUCAGGGCUCUCAGUCCCCACAGAUCUUGGGCCCCUUCUCGCCAUCACUGUCUCAUCUCUGGUCUGAGGCUUUGUGAUGUGUCUGGUACCCAGAAUCCUGAAGCUUCCCUGCUCUUAGUUGCUGAUUAUGAAGGUUCACCUUUAGCUGGAGGGUUCCCACACCCACAGGGUUUUGACAUUCAGGGGUUGCAGCUGCAGAGAGGCAGCUGCUCGAAUGUAUUUUUUAUGAAAUGCCAUUGCAGUAAACUUCAUUCUU